GCCUCUGGACCGCGUAUCGCAGCUCCGCCGCGCACUUGGUGCAAAGAAGCGAAUCAGUCAGUAAUUGCUACAAUAAUAAUUCAAUACGCGUACGCCGCGCGCGUUUUUAUUUCAUAUUAUUUAAUUAACAAAAACAAUUUUAAGUCUUGCGGGCAUUUAAGCGUGCGGAAAAGUCGGUCUUGGCAUUUUUGCUGUUGAUAAUUCCAUCGCCUGUCUGUUUUUUUUUCUGUUUGUCUCAAGUGAAACUACUUCGCUUCUGAAUUAGAUACAGCAACAGUGAGCAGAUAAAAAUGCGUUGGGUCCUUAAUACAGAUGCUGUCGCUGCCGUUGUUGUUUAGAUUAUUGGCCAAGUGGUUAUUGAACGCCAGGCGGUUGCCAUGAUGCGCUAUUCGGAAAUAUCGCGAGACUUAUCGACGGAUAAUCUGCGCUACUCUGAGCUGAGCAGAAAACCAACAGCUGACUAUGUGGGCUAUACUGGACAGAAAUAUGUCACUGCUUCACCUACAACUCAGUCGCAUUAUCAACACAAUGCGACAGCAGGACAGCAGCAGCAACAGCCGCAUUCACCACAGCAACAGCGUCAGUCGAAGCAACGAAGUCCAAAUGGAAAUGCACAUACAAUGGCUUGUUUGAGACAGGAUAAGGGACAGAAGGAGCUGCAGGCGGAGCAAACCAUGAUACAGCAGCCGACCAGCCGGACACUGAACAUUAAGAGCACACGGCGCAAGAACUCCAUUGGCUGUCUGACCAGCUUCUCCUCAUCGCCGGACUCGCCGGGCUGUUACUACAGCAUAGCUACAACAGCGGCACCAGCGAACAAGUCGCAAAGCUUGCCAGCGCAUGGCUCGAUUAAGCAGCUGGAUGCGGUCAUAUUGAGUGCAUUGCGUGUGCCCGCCGAUCUGCUGGCCAAUCAGAUAACACUGUUGGACUUUCCGGUCUUUGCGCUCAUACAGCCGGAUGAGCUGAGCAGCUGUGCCUGGACAAAGAAGGAUAAGCAUGUGGUUACGCCCAAUAUUGUGGCGUUUACUAAGCGCUUUAAUCAUACCAGCUUUUGGACAGUACAGGAAAUACUUAACGGCGAGCAGCCAAAGCAGCGUGCAGAGAUAAUGACACACUUCAUUAAGGUGGCAAAGAAACUGCACGAACUGAACAAUCUGCACUCGCUGUUUGCCAUUAUUUCAGCAAUGCAAAGCGCCAGCAUUUAUCGUUUGAAGAAAACUUGGGCCUGCUUGUCCAAGAAGGAUCGACAGUCCUUUGAGCGGCUUAGCGAUAUAUUCAGCGAUCAGAAUAACUGGGCCAAUCUGCGCUCAUAUUUAGAGAGUCUACGUCUGCCCUGCAUACCGUACCUGGGCCUUUUUCUGACCGAUUUGAUAUACAUUGACCUGGCACAUCCACACAAAGGCGGCUUGGAGCCAGAGCAGCGUCGCAAUAAGAUGAACAAUAUAUUGCGCGUUAUUUCGAACUAUCAGCAAUCGGAUUACCAACAGAUACAACCGCAUGAGUCCACUCAAAAGUAUCUAACCUCCAUACGUUACAUUGAGGAGCUUCAAAACAUAUUUGAAGAGGAUCAGUACAAACGCUCGUUGAGUCUGGAGCCUGCUUCACCGUCCGGGCCGAGUUCCUCGUCCUGCAGCUCGAAGGAAUCGUUUAACGUGGAAUCUGUGACACCAGCUCUAGGUUGCUUGAAUCUCUCGCCAGCGAAAACCAUUGGAUCCAUGCGCAUGGCCAGUGGCACUAAAUUUGUACCCGGCCAUCGAAAGUGCCGCAGUCUGGGCACCAAAUUUCGCAGCAGCAGCCUGCCACGCAACUUUGCACAAAGGUGUCAGUGCUGCAUUGUGAUGAUUGCGCCGGGCAUUGGCACAAUCUCGAACAAGCGCUGCAGAUGCCGUCGCAUCUUUGGCAAAAUUGCGCCGAACAAUUAUGACGGACAUCCACAUCAUUUGCACCUGGAGCAUGAUCAAAGUCAACAGCCUCGUCAUCAUCUGCUCGACGAUUCGGUGCUGGAACACAGCGAUGCCCUGUCGAAUGCGGACUUGACCUCACUGGAGAGUGCCGAGGGCAUCAUGUGUGAUUUCGCUGGCAGUGAUUGCGAUUUAAUGUCACCGGAGGCAGCUGCCGCAAUGCAGGGAUGCGUGCGCCGCAAGACCGUGCAGAAGGAGGGACGCAAACCGGCGGUGGCCUCUUGGCAACGAUAUUGGCUGCAGAUCUGGGCCAAUUCGCUCGUCUACUUUCCGCCCAAGUCGUUUAAGGGUAGCGAGCGAGGCGACUUCAAGCGCGAACCGUGCAAGGUGUGUCCCCUGGAGGGCUGGUAUGCCCAUGUCAGCGACAACACCAAGCACAAGAACACCUUUGAGCUAUACCACCGUACUCUGGGCACCGUGUACAAGUUUCGCACCGACAGCCCACAGAUGACGCAUCUCUGGACAAACGCCAUUUGCAAGUUGGCAACCACGCGUGUGCCAAAGCCAUUGCCGGCAAAUCUGAUGUCCUUCGAGUGAGUCAGACACGUACAACGAACAAGGGAUAAUUGAAAACUGGCCGCCGCCUCUACCACUUCCUCGAAUCUAAUGUACUCAUCAAUUAGUUUUAAUUAGCUGUUACUCUUAUGUCACGAAGCAACGACAGAAACAUUCCCAUAGCUCUCUCUGCUUGUUAACAAUAACACACCACGAAAACAAUAACCACAUAGGAAGUCCUCAAGAUUAACGAACAAAUUGUAGUUUGCAAACGAAACGAUUUCAAAUGGUAUUUCAAAAGACUGACAGACCUAGCAGAGAAGUCAAAGAAGAUAUAGAUAAUGGAUAGACACACACUCAAUUACAGACAGGAUAAUUAACACUGACAUUGAAAUAGUCACAGGAAAUCAAUCCAAUAACCUUCUAAUGCUGUGACUAUAAAUACAAACUGUGUAUGCUUUUUGCAUGGCAAUUUUCUUCGUUAUGCUGCAAAAACGUAAAUGUGUAUCUUAAGUCGAGCAAUGUUAAUUGUAUUUCUAUCUUGUAAUGUAAUUUAGCAAUUAAACAAAUCAAUUACUACGACAUU